UUCAGAAUGCGGAAUGGAAUCUUACAAGAAAAUGCAUAUAAUGAGCUCAAGAAGAAGAAGAAGAAGAAGAAGUAGUAGUAGCAGAAAUCAGAGAUAGGUGUGAGUGAAGAUGAGCCGAAUAAUAGUGAGCAGCAACACAUGGACUGUGUGUAUGCCAACGUUCACUUCUACCCAUCUAAGGGCUCGGAGUAGUUCAACUGUUUUUCAAAACAGAUUUACACAUACAUUUGCAAAAGGAAACAAUGAUAAAGUUACUCUCAGCCUAGAAGCAAGGGAAAAUCCGCAACUGGAUGUCAAUCUGGUGGAGAAGACUAACAAUGAGAUUAAGAAGCCAUCAAAAGGUGGAACCAUGAGAGGAGAAAGCAAAAGGUUUUCUACUGCUGCUGUGAAGAGUGGAAAGUCUCCAAAGAGACCAGGCCCAAAUAAAGGAAGUGGCCCACAGCAUGAUUAGUGGACACAUUUUGGUAUACAAGAGGAGCAUAAAGUAAAUAGAAAAAGUAUGGGAAAUAGAUUAGGGCUAGUGAAAGCAUAGUGUGUGAAUUGCCAUUGUGUUGGGACUUAGAAAUAAAAUUUGUAUUAGUGGCUUGCUUCGUUUGUAUGAGAUGCUUUUACUGUAACAGACCAAGAUAUGAAUAUGAAACUAUGGAGCUACAAUAUGUUUUGAAGUCAACUACAGGGAUUGUCAUACAUUAAAUGCUAAAGGGGGGUUCCAUUCUUUGAGGAAGUGGGUAGCCCUAUGAUAAAAUGAAGUAUCAGUACUCUAGCAAAUGAAGUUUUCUUAUAUAUUUUCUCACGGGUUGAAGUUUUUGAGGUUUUUGAGGUUAACUUGUCUGUACAUAAUGA